AUCAAUAUUUAAAAUUUUUGUGUCCAUAAUUUUAUUAGCAGUACUAUAGUGGAUGUACACCAACCUACCCUACCUGUCCACUAUCCUAUCCUAGUGUAGACACACACACACACUAACAAAAAAAGUUAUCCUAACUAUCACUAACUCACUCCCAUCUCUCUCUCUCUCUCUAUCAUCGAUGUCAUCCGUAUCAUUGGUGGGCUCGAAACGACUGUCCACAUUGGUAUCCGUGUUAAGCUCAGGCCUAUUCCGAUUCGGACCACUAUUACCAAUAAUCAUACCCGUGUUAGUUAACCUAUGGAUCGGAUCGGUCGAUCGGUCAGCCGUACAGUUGCAAACAUGGAACCACACCUACGACUAUAUUAUUGUCGGUGCCGGUGCAUCAGGUUCGGCACUGGCCUACCGCUUGGCUCAGACCAAGUAUCGGAUACUGGUGCUCGAAGCCGGCGGCAAUGAAAACUAUUUCAGCGAAAUACCGGCACUAAGUCAUGUACUGAUGAAAACAAGAAUGGACUGGCAGUACGAAACCGAACCGCAAUCGGAUGCCUGUCUGGGACUUGUCGACCAGCGUAGCCAAUGGCCAGCUGGCCGUGUAUUAGGAGGUUCGUCGGCAAUGGGCGACAUGUUGUACGCCAAUGGAAAUCCCGAUGACUAUAACGCUUGGGAAGCAUCGGGAGCCAGUGGCUGGUCAUGGGAUUCAGUUAAGCAACACUUUCCCGUUGAGGAACGGGAUGACAUACCACCGGGAAAGUCACAGUUUGAUUAUGAACGCGAACUGGAGGAUAUGGUCGAAAGUAAACUACUGGUGUCCGACUCUAAAAGUCGACUGUCCAGAGCAUUCCUGAGUACUGGCUAUAAACUUAACUAUAGUCUAUAUAAAUUGAAUACCCGAUCAAAAGUGGCAUUCGGUCCGCCGUUGUUUACCAUCAAAAAUGGUCGUCGAGAAUCGUCAGCCAAAACCUAUCUGUCAGGGCUGAAGACCAACAAAAAUGUACACAUAAUUAGCUACGCUUUUGUCAAACGUGUGGUCAUUGUCAACGGUACGGCCACUGGCGUCGAGUUUGAUCGAUUCGGUGCCGCUUAUCUGGCAAAUGCCAAAUAUGAAAUCAUACUAACGGCCGGUGCCAUCAAUUCGCCAGCAAUAUUGCAGCACUCGGGUAUCGGUCCCCGAAAGCUAUUAGAAUCGUUGAACAUUACGGUUGUCAAAGAUUUGGCCGGUGUUGGCCACAAUCUACAGGAUCAUUACGGAACCAGUUUGUCGUUUGUCGUACCAAAAGACCAGUCGGUUGGCAAUCAUUUUAAACAUUUAGAUUUUUUGGAAAUCUUGAAAUAUCUAAUCUAUUCGGAAGGACUGCUAGCUCAGGGACCGGCCAUAUCGGUCGGCUAUAUUAACAUUGAUAGUAGUGACAGCAGCAGCAGCAGCGGCGGCGGCGGCACCGGUAGCCAAUCGACUGCUGCGCCAAACAUCCAACUAGUACUACGACCGUACGGUAUGGCAUCGGACAGUUCGCUACUGGUCAAGAGUGCUAUCGGUAUAACCGAUAAACUAUGGCAAUCCUAUACACCGUAUAUAGACGGCGACCAGUUUGCCAUUGAUAUCAAUUUGUUACAUCCAGAUAGUCGUGGAUCGGUUAGAAUCUGGUCACCGGAUCCGUAUCAGUCGCCCAGAAUCGAUCCCCGAUACUAUAGUUCACCAAUGGAUAUCCAGCGUAUGAUACGGUCGGUUAAAUGGUUGAAAAAGUUUGUCAAUAGCGGUAAAUUUCAGCAACAUUUGACCGUCCAGGCAAUUGGUCGGCCAAAACAAUGCGACAAAUAUCUAACAAAUGUCGAUAAACUGAACGAAUGUUUUGCCCGUCAUCUGACACUAACCGGACAUUCGCCGAUCGGUACCUGUCGUAUGGGCGAUCCGACCGCAGCCACCACCACUGCCGAGGCAGCGGCCAAAAUAGUAGUGGACACCGAACUGCGGGUAAUCGGCGUGAAUGGCUUACGUGUGGCCGACGCUUCGGUAAUGCCCAGUCAUGUAUCCGGCGGGCCGUACGCCGCCUGUACGAUGAUUGCCAAUCGUGUGGCCGAUUUUAUACUGGCCAAAGACAAACUGUUUCUGAAACAAGUGGCCAAACUUACCGGCGAUAUUAUUGCUUCGGUAUUCCAAAAUUCGGCCCUAAUGUUUGUCCGCUACAACGAGUGGACAUUUGCCGAAAAACUAUUGCUGGGCAACGAAUCGGGUUUGGCCGAAAUAAGCCAAUUGGCACAACUGGUACCACUUUUUGGUGGCGGCGGAUAAUCAUCGGCUUUGGUCAGCACUACCACUACCGGAACUGAUGGUUCAUUUGAUGAUUUUUAUUAAUUAUAAUUUUUUCAAUUAUCUA